GGCAAGGGAGGGACUGGUUUUCCCAGGUGCAAGAGAAAGCGUCCAUAGUUUCAUUUCCAAGCAACUGGUGGCAACAGGUCAAGAUUCAAGAUGUCGGGGACAGCACGCCACGACCGAGAGAUGGCAAUUCAGGCCAAGAAAAAGCUCACCACGGCCACCGACCCCAUUGAAAAGCUCCGACUGCAGUGCCUGGCCAGGGGCUCUGCUGGCAUCAAAGGACUCGGCAGAGUGUUUCGAAUUAUGGACGACAAUAACAACCGAACCCUUGAUUUCAAAGAAUUUGUGAAAGGGUUAAAUGAUUAUGCUGUGGUCAUGGAAAAGGAAGAGGCAGAAGAGCUUUUUCAGAAGUUCGAUAGAGAUGGAAAUGGAACAAUAGACUUCAAUGAAUUUCUUCUCACAUUAAGACCUCCAAUGUCCAGAGCCAGAAAAGAGGUAAUUAUGCAAGCUUUUAGAAAGUUAGACAAGACUGGAGACGGUGUCAUAACAAUUGAAGACCUUCGUGAGGUAUAUAAUGUAAAACACCAUCCAAAAUACCAAAAUGGGGAGUGGACUGAGGAGCAAGUAUUCAGGAAAUUUCUGGAUAACUUUGAUUCACCGUAUGACAAAGAUGGAUUGGUUUCCCAAGAAGACUUUUUGAACUAUUAUGCUGGUGUUAGUGCUUCUAUUGACACCGAUGCCUAUUUUGUUUUGAUGAUGAAAAAAUCUUGGAGAUUAUGACUUUUGUCUAUUCUGGAAAUCAGGGACUCUCAGAGGGUGGAAUGAGUUUGAAAGAAGCCCAAUGCUAUGGAUUUUGAUAAGGUAUAAACUAAAGUUUCUGAAAGAUCUGGAAUUUUAAAAGCAAUAGAUCUUUGGUCAUCUUACUUAAUUACCCGGAAUGUGUUCAUCUCCAUAAAUACCUGAGGAUAUAUUUUUAAAUUGGAAAGGAAGGAAGAAAGGAAGAAAGAAAACCAAUGAAGUGAGAUUGGGAAGUGGUUCCUAGGUAAAAUAAUGUAUUUGUUCUAGUAGGUGUUCCUCUUAUAGGUAUAAAUGUAGCUAUUUCCCCACAUCUUCAUUUUCUCUACUGCCUGUGAUCUCUAUAGCAGAUGGUGAUAAUAAAAGGAUUAGAGGAACUUCUAACUGUGUAAAAUGUCCUGAGAUUACUUAUUUUAUUGUUUCUCUUGGUAAAUACUCUACCAAUAAAAGAAAAUUUGUUUUAUUCUGAAAUUUAUGAUUCUGUUUCUAUUUUGAGAUUUUAAUGCAGGAAUUUUAACUCAGCAAAUUCCCACACCUGCAUGAACAGGGGACAUAAGUGCCUCUGGUGAGAAAAGAAAGUGAGCUCAGCUGGCCCACUUGGUUAAAGGCUGUGCUUUCAUGGAGCGGGCUCACAUGUUGGGUCAGCCUACUAGGAUGAAAGACAGUGUAAAGGAAAGAAGUGUCUAUUACAAGCUUUGGCAGCUUUCUGGAGCUUCAGGGUAGAUUGAAGAGGAGGACUUUAAACCUGUUUUGGGGAAUUCAUCUUUUUGAACCCACUUCUAGGCUCCUCCACAAAGCAGGUGAUGUCAGUUUUCCCAUCUGAUUUCUCUUCUUCUAAUAAUUGCUUUUCAGGUGACAAACACAGCUCUAAGUUGACUGUGAUACCCACAGCCCCUUCAUCUUGGAAAGAGGUAGAAGUGAGGGUGGGAGAAGAGAUGGAAAGCAAAAGUUGUGUUUCUCAAACUUAUGAGCCCACAGAUCACUUGGGGAUCUUAACAUGCUAAUUGUGGUUCAGAAGUCUGGGCUGGGCACUGAAAUUUUGCCUAAUGAACUUACCUAUGACGUUCAUGCCUCUGAUCUUCAGAUAACACUUUGAGUAGGGAGGGGUAAAGAGAUACCAGCUUGUAUAUUUCCAGUGUGUUUGGCUUAUUGUUUUGCCUACCUUUGGUAGGCAAUGAUAGUCUGUGAUUUCUUACUGCUGGGCCAUUCUUUCCUUGUCUUUAAGUUCAUGAAUGUACAAAGGAAAUAUCAAAAUAACAAAGAAAACAUAUGUGCCUCCCAGGUAUAUGUAGGAGAGAAAUAACACUUCCAACUGAAGAAUUUCUCAUAGUUCAGAACUGAAUCCUGAAGACAUCUGGCCUCAAAGAUUUGAAUCUGUCAGAGUAGGUCCAUCUCUUAAAACAGACCUACACUACUCUGAGCAAGCUCAUAGCUAUUGAUACUAAAACUAGAAUGCCAAGCCAUUGAUCUACUAUAAAGAAUAUAAUCCUCAUGUUUCCAGACCAGAUCAAAGAAUCUCAUCUGGAUUUGAGGAUGUGAGAGAAUGACAGCUUAGCUCUCAGUUCAGGGAUGUUUUUAGUAGUUUAUUCUCUGAUACUACAAAGCAGUACAGAGGAGAUAUGCACGUGGUAUCUUAGGAGAAUGCUAAUUGACAAAUAAAUCCUCAAAUUUAUAAAAGCUACAACACAAUAUAUUUAUUUUUCACUCAUAAAACAGUACAUCCAUGUAGUGAUUUUGGGUCUCAGGCCCCUCCAUUUUGUGGUUUGCUGUUUUCUGGGACUUCAUAGC